AUGGAGAACCAGAGUGUGUCUGAGUUCAUCUUGAUGGGCUUUUCCAUUGGUCGUCAAGAAGAGAUUGUUCUUGCAUUCCUCUUUUUGGUCAUGUACGUUACAUCCUUGGCUGGCAAUAUGGUUAUCCUCUUAAUCGUAUUGGUGGAUAGUCGGCUCCACAGCCCCAUGUACUUUUUUCUCAGUAACUUCUCUGCGCUUGAAAUCCUCUUCACAUCAGUUAUUAGCCCUCAACUAUUAUGGAACCUCUUUUCUGAUAACAAGUCCAUCUCUUUUUCUGGUUGCAUGGCCCAAUCCUAUUUCUACUUCUUCCUGGGCACAGUGCAGUUUCUUCUCUUGACAUCCAUGUCCUACGAUCGCUAUGCUGCCAUAUGCAGACCUCUCCAGUACCAUGCCAUCAUCAAUGGCCAGGUGUGCAUUCAGAUGUUGCUGGGUUGCUGGUUGGGUGGAUUCCUCUCUGUCCUUUGUCCCACCAUCAUGAUCACCAGGCUAUCGUACUGUAAGUCCAAUGUUAUCAACCACUUCUUUUGUGACAGUGGCCCCUUGCUUGAUCUAUCAUGCACUGACACUCAUUUCAUAGAACUGAUGGAUUUCAUGUUGUCAUCUGUCAUUGUCCUGAGCUCCUUGGUUUUGACGGUGGUUUCUUACAUGUACAUCAUCUCAGCGAUAAUGCGCAUCUCUACUACCACUGGCCGUGCCAAAGUCUUCAACACCUGUGCUACACAUUUGACCAUCAUCUCCGUCGCCUGUGGCAUCAGCAUUUUCAUUUAUGUCACACCAUCUCAGAAAGAGACGCUGGAGGUCCACAAGGUACCUGCUGUUCUUACCUCUAUUGUCUUCCCCUUCGUGAAUCCUUUCAUCUUCACUUUGAAAAAUGACAUUGUGAAGCAGGUGCUAAAGGAAGCACUAAGACGUGGCAAGGAACUGACUGCUCAAAAAGAUGUGGGUGUCUGGAGAAAGAAAAACCCUGUUUAA